UAAAAAAUCCAAUUAUUAUCUGAAGUUUUUAUGUCACAAUAUCAGUCAAUACUGGUGGAUUCACCUGCAUUUAAUGCACUGUGAACCUGAACGCAAUAUCUUUUUAAUAGAUUUUCUGUAAGAUCAAUUAAAAGAACGGUUCAGUUUAUCGCUACAAAAAGGUAUAUCUAUAAAACUUCAUGCCUGGUCAGGCAUGUAUAGAUAUUUAGGAUCACACAGAUGAAACAUCAAUCAGUUGACAACAUGACACGGUGAACGGCGGAGGUGUUAAACAUGCCAAUAGGUAGUCCCCCUUCGGAUAAAUAUGUGGUAUAUACUUUGGAUAAUAAUGAAGAUACAUCGUGCAGCUCCGGAUUAGAAGAUGGACAAAUAGUGUUCCGUGAUCCCGAACAUGUGUCUUUGCAAGAAAAGCAAGAUUCGAAGAGAAAUGGAAACGGUAGAAUCCGUUCUGUUUCCUUUGAAUCGAGUACGCACUGGGGACAGAGAGGUUCUAUGCGAAUGAAAUGUUGUUGUUUUUGGAAUAUAAUAUUAGUUAUUGCAUUAGUUUCUGUUUCUGUAAACUUUAUUAUUACACUUGGCGACUAUAAAAACUUAAAAUCAUCAUGGGCCAAUAUAAACAAUACUGGUAAUCGUGCUGAAGCAACACUGAGUACCGUGUCGCCAACGCCCGCUGACGUGAGACAGGAACACGUUAACUUUGAAAGAUACAAGGUUUGUGAAACUUCUGAUUGUAUCCACCAAGCAGCGUCGGUCUUAUCACGGAUGAACACGAACGCAAACCCAUGUGAGGAUUUUUACGAAUUUGCAUGUGGAGGCUUUCUUCACCAAUCACAUCUGUCAUGGGAAAGCCAAAGAGUCCGAGAAGUUCCAGAUGUUUUACGGGAGAAGUUCGGAUCGUAUUUAGAAGAUUCAUUGUCAACACCACUUUCAUCUUCUGAAUCAGAAGCUCGUAGAACUGUUAAAGUACUAUACAGAGAUUGCAAAGACGAGAAAGAAACGUUAGUAACAGCACGAGAGAAGCUCAGGCAUCUUCUAGUCAGCUUGAAGACCAAUAAUGGGGUGAACAUGAAAAAUGACACAAAGAACUACGUCACCAGAUUACUAGCUAUAGUUAUGAAGCAGUAUGGAGCUACGCCUCUCUUCAAAGUAAUAGUUAAGAAAAAUGGAGAUAUCACCAUUACCAACAGAUAUUCCAACGAUUUAGUUGAAGAGUUGUUUGCUCAUGGAGUAGAAAUCCCUAGCUUCCGUUACUUAAUGCCUGCAGAUUUCAACUUCAGAUAUCCACCAGAUAAGGUUCUCCAUGCCUAUGAGUAUUUUUUGUCUGAAGCGUUACUUGCUGUAUUCGGAAACACUAGCUUUAACUCCGAUGUUGAUGGCUUACUUCAAGCAACAAGCGAGGUAUUCGAGUUAGAAAUGUCACUGAAUAAGGUUUGGUAUAACGACGGUGGAGUUAAUUAUUCGGAAGAAAUUUCGUUUUGCAAAAACAGGAUGACAAUAUCUACCCUACAACAUUUAUAUGAAGGAUAUAAUAUUAACUGGAUUUUAUUUUUCUCUACUCUGUUCGAUAAAACAGUGGACGAGAACUUCGAACUAUGCCAUGUGGACCUAGUGUCUGACAUUUCGUCUGUGAUCUCAGAAGCAAAAGUGGAGUUAGUUGUAAAAUACAUCUUAACUCAUACUUUUGUCAAUUCAGAUUUAUAUAAAUAUGUAUAUAGACAUUUUCCAAAAUUUAUUAAAUCAACAAGUGUAUAUAAAACAAAAGAUGCAGACUAUAAUAAUUCAUAUUGUAUAUCAUUAUUAGCAAAAUAUUUUCCGUUAUCUGCAAUAUUUUUAUCAAACCAAAGCACGUACUUCGAAAGUGUGUCUAGAAAACUCUUUACCAGUAUAAAAGAAUCUCUGAUGCAGACUAUACAAGAUCAGUACUGGAUACCAGAAACUCAGCGAAAUGACAUAAUUUCACAAACAAUACAUGUUAAUUUAUCUUUUAAUUGGAAUAACAAUUAUAACAAAGACUAUAGCUAUAUGAGCAACAAUUAUCAGGAAAAUGUGAUUGGAGCAUUGGAGAGUAAAUAUUCAUCUGACAUGAAAGGAAUUCACUUUGUUUCUGCGUUUGAUCAAAGUAUUGCAUCUUAUAAUUCCUGGAACAGAGAAAUUGAGAUAUCGUCGUUAGGUUUGCAAAAUCCCGCGUUUUACAAUUCCUCUCCUGAGACGUUACUUUAUGGGUCUGUUGGAGGUCUUAUAUCACAGGCAUUAUCAGAAGUGUUUGAUUUAAACGCUCUUCUUUCACACUAUAUUAGUGGUACCAUUGAUAAAAGCGUCGUGUAUACAAUUGCUCAUCAUCUAGAGUGCUUAGCUGAGUUCUACAAUGCAUAUAAAUAUUCCAAUGAUCAAGGAAGAGUAAUCCACGUUCGUGGAGAUUUAACAAAAAGCAGUAACUUUAGAGAUAUUUUGUCAAUACACCUGGCACAGAGAACAUUUCAGAAAGGUCUUCCAUUAGCCAAAGUACCCGACUUACCUGGGGUUAACUACACAGAGAGUCAAACAUUCUUCAUAUCUUACGCACAGCUUUUCUGUGAAAAAGUGACACCAAAGGGUAUAACCCAAUAUUAUGUAAACAACGAAGCUAGUAAGACGCCAUUGCCAAAUGAAUUCAGAAUUAAAGGAAUGAUGUCAAACAUGAAACAUUUUGCAGCUGCAUUCAAUUGUCCAGCUAGAAGUCCAAUGAAUCCACAAAACAGAUGUCCAUUGUUUUAAAUCGUGUAAUUACAUUAAAACUUUGGAUUCAAUGUCUUGUUAAACAACUUUGUGAUGAUGUUUAUUUCAGUGUUUUACACGUGAUUGAAGGAGAAUGUCAGCUUUAGUUGCAAUAAUAUAUAGUGAUAUCAGAUAUGGUUAUUAUGUAGUGUUUGGCUUGAUUACAAUAAUAGUUUGUAGAUAAACAUCAAUUUUAAUUGAAUUAAGACAAGUUUCGCUUUAUUGAAAGGAUUGCAUUGUUUAGUGCUUUAGUUUGUGAAAGUUUUAUGGUGUAUGAUGAAUAGAGAGCUAGUAUGUGUAACAUGUAUUAUCGUUGUUGUCUAGAACAGUCAGGUGUAUUUUUUCAAGGUGCUAUUUACGUUAUGAUAUACUGCAACUAUUGUGAAUUGGUACAUCAGUUAUGUAAAAGUUGUUUAUUACUUUGCGUAAAUGACAUAGAUAUUCCUGAAAUCCGUAUGAAAUGAAUUCAAGAUAGGCGUAUUAAUAACAACUUGAGUGUGAGAAAAGCAAAGACAUAAAUGUGACUUUCGGAAAUAUUUAAAAGAGAACAUUAAAGAAUCAUCAUGGCUCACAAAACAUUUUAGUGAAAGAACAGUGACACAUUCCUUCAACUGAAAACAGACCAGUAUCAACCCAGCUGUAUUUGUAUAAAUGUGCAUUAUUGAUCUUAGGGCGGACAAUGUGUGAGUCCACAGUUAACAAAACGUGUAUAAAUAUUCUAGAAGCAUUGUUUUGCUUUUAUAAAUGCAUUUUUUUUUUAUCAAGAUUUUAAAAUAUAAUUCCGCGCUUUUAUUUAUAGUUUAUUCACGUGUAUAUUUGAGAUAGGUGAAUGGUACGUUAUGAAUGCAUGUUGAUAGAGGGAAAUAGUAUAAGUUUGUCAGUAUUAUUUUUUGUUGAUUGAACACUGUAAUAUUAAAUCAUUUUGUUACUUUAUAUAUACAAAUAAAUUUUAUUGCUAUUUUUCAAA